AUGAGACUGAACUGUCAGCAGCUCUGUUCCGCUGGGGAACCAACACGCCACUCUAGAAGAUACAGAAGCAAAAGGGAGGCUUUUGCGCGAAAAAAAAAUACAAGGAAACAGGUUGGAAAGGGAAAAACCACCAUCGACCUACUGGAUCAAAGGCCUGCUUUUACGUUAGGGAGAGAAGACUGGUGCAGGUUUAACCUGAGGGCCACCAUGCCUCGGGUGAGGGAAGAAAUUGCUAUCAAAUUUCAUGAAGAAUAAAAUUAACCUGUAGAGGUUUACCAUUCUACUGAGAGUCUUUGCGUUUGGAGGACGGGUAUCAAAAUGCCUGUGGCUUCAGCUCACUCGGAUACAGCUAUGCAGCAGGUCCUGGACAACUUGAAUGACUUACCAAACUCUACUGGAGCCAAGGAUCUAGACUUACUCUUCCUGAGAGGAAUCAUGGAGAGCCCAAUUGUACGAUCACUAGCUAAGGCCCAUGAAAAAUUAGAAGACACAAAACUUGAGGCUGUACGUGAUAAUAACCUGGAGUUAGUGAAGGAGAUCAUUGACGAUAUCAACCCAAUUGCAAAGGAGAACGAUUCUGCAGCUGAACUCACUCGUAUUCUCCAGGAACCACAUUUUCAGUCCCUGUUGGAAGCUCACGAUACUGUUGCCUCCAAGAACUACGAAACUCCACCCCCAAGUCCAGAGUCUCUAAUGGACUCUACAUUCAACAAUCAGCCUGUUCCACCAGAUGCUGUCCGAAUGGUGGGGAUUCGCAAGGUUAAGGGUGAACAUUUGGGUGUAACGUUCAGGGUUGAAAAUAGUGAGCUGGUGAUUGCUCGCAUUCUCCAUGGAGGUAUGAUCGACCAGCAGGGUUUGCUUCAUGUGGGCGACAUUAUCAAAGAGGUGAAUGGGAAAGAGGUUGGAAAUGAUCCAAAAGUCCUGCAGGAAAUGCUGCAAAAUGCCAGUGGAAGUGUCAUCCUGAAGAUCCUGCCCAGCUAUCAGGAACCCCAUCCUCCACGACAGGUAUUUGUGAAGUGCCAUUUUGAGUAUGAGCCUACCAACGAUAACUUGAUUCCAUGUAAAGAAGCUGGCUUGAAGUUUACUUGUGGUGAUAUUCUGCAGAUUGUGAAUCAAGAAGACCUCAACUGGUGGCAGGCCUGUCAUGUGAAAGAGGGAGGGAGUGCAGGCCUUAUUCCCAGUCAGCUGUUGGAGGAGAAGAGGAAAGCAUUUGUGAAGCGAGACUGGGAUUUCUCCAGUUCUUCUGGUGCACUUUGUGGGAGCAUGGGCGGAAAAAGAAAGAAGAAAAUGAUGUAUCUCACCACCAAAAAUGCAGAAUUUGAUCGUCAUGAACUUCUAAUCUAUGAGGAAGUAGCAAAGAUGCCACCAUUUCAAAGGAAAACCCUGGUCCUUAUAGGAGCACAGGGUGUUGGGAGACGAAGCUUAAAAAACAGACUCAUAAUGUCUGACCCAAUGCGUUUUGGAACGACAAUUCCUUUCACCUCACGAAAGCCAAAGGAGGAUGAGAAUGAUGGUCAUAUUUACGCUUUUGUGUCCCGUUCUGAAAUGGAAAAUGACAUCAAAGGUGGGCGGUACCUGGAGCAUGGUGAAUAUGAAGGGAACCUUUAUGGGACAAAGAUUGAUUCCAUCCAUGAGGUAGUUGAAUGUGGAAAAAUAUGCAUCUUGGAUGCAAACCCACAGGCACUGAAGGUUCUGAGGACAUCUGAGUUCAUGCCUUAUGUGGUAUUCAUUGAAGCUCCAGAUUUGGAAACAUUACGGGCGAUGCACAAGGCAGCUAUUGAUGCAGGAAUUACAACAAAACAACUCACUGACACUGACCUGAAGAAAACAGUGGAUGAGAGCUCUCGUAUCCAGCGAGCAUACAGUCACUACUUUGAUCACACCAUUAUGAAUGACAACCUUGACAAGGCCUUCCAAAAACUUCAGGCUGCUAUGGAGAAACUCUGCACAGAGCCCCAGUGGGUGCCAGUGAGCUGGGUCUACUAACACUUUUCAAAGGGUGGAAGGAUAUGGUUUACACAGAGCACCGUUAAUUUUGCAGAAGAAGUCCUUUAGAAACCUCCAUUUGGACUGAUUAUAUUUGGGGCAGUAGUUCAUGGUUACAGCAGUUAAGUUAUGCAAAUCAGCAACGGAGGAUACCUAAAAAGUUUUUUUAAUGAAAGGAUGGAAAUCUCCAUCUACCAUUACUUUUGAUUUUUAUGAGCAAUACAGGGAUCAGGCAAAUGUAACCUUUUUCAGCAGUGUAGUCCAAAGGUCAUUGUCAAAUUUUGCUGGAUCCUAUAAGCCCUUUAAUUAUCAAAUAAAAUGACAAGGGAACCAAGAUUUCACUUAUUCAUUGCUGGAUUUCACCAGGGAAGUGAACAAAUUAUUCCUUCUUAAGGAAAUUACUAUGGGCACAUUUGAGUUGAAAUUCAAAACAGUCAUUCUCACUUAGGUUUCUGUUUGCAUUUGCAUUCUUAUAAAGAACUUCUCAAUGAUGAAAGUGACAACCUUUGAAUUUAAAGGUUAUCAGAAUUGUAACUUGAAACCAUUGCCCUUAAUUUCUAAAGAUCAUUUAAGAUAGAUUAAAAUUUAGUUCCAUUGUACAGAUUUGCCGCAAGAUAUUGAAAUUUUGGUCUUCACUCAAUGACAAAUGCAAUACAUAAUUAAAGCUAUGAAAGAUAUAACACUAUUGCUUUCAUUUGUUUGCAGUUUCAGAAGGCAGCAAACCAUUAUAAUUAUGAUAAUGUCUUGAUUAAAUAGUAGAAGACGAAUUGUCUAUAUUAAUACGUCCCUGUGUUAAUAUAGUAAACAUGGUUUCAUCCCGACCACUUUUGUGAGUCCGGUAAGUUGUUAAUGGAAUUGGAUGCAAAUAUAUUGUUCUGUAUUGGCUUUGGGAAUUUUUUUCCACAACUCUUAUUCUAUUGGACUUUUUCGGUCAGACUUGAGAUAAUAUUUACUAAUAACAAGGAUGUUCUACAGGACAUUAUCUCUUUUCAUUGGCUCACUUGAACUUUAUUUUUAAAAUUGGAUUCAAUUUUAAUUGAAACUUUCUAGGAUCAGUUUAGUUUGCCAGUAAAACAUAGACUUUUGUUACUGUUCUCUGUCCCAUUCAUUUUUAUUUAGCCUUUAAUAAAAAUUGGGUAUAAUUCAUAUCAUGUGGCUGGAAUACUAAUACUGAAAUAAUCAUUUUUUUAUUGCCAUUGCGCACGUCAGUUUCAAAGCUGUGUCAAUAUGGAUUCAAGCACUUCAGGUAUGAUUUGGUUAUCAACUUUUAAUUUUAGCAGGUUCUUGAGGUGCAAGUUAAAGCUUUUGCUUUCUGUUUCCCAGUAAAAUAAAGCUGAAAUGGAAUUGAGGCAUAAAAUUGACAACUGACAAAACCCAAGGCAAAACGUCUUUACUGGAAUUGACAUCCAGAAAUUUGCCCUCACAAAUAAUCCCCACACACAUAUUUAAAAAUAUAUAUUUUGAACAAAUUCUUAAUAUUAACAGAGCAUUUGUACUGUAUUACUGCCAUAGUCUUAUUUAAUAUUUUUACUAAUAUGGAGAUGUCCUACUUAUUUCACUGAAUUUAUUUAUAAGCAUCAAUCAGCUUGCAAUCACUACAUCAUUGUCAUGUGUUACUCUCUUUCAUACACACCAGUCAGUAAUCAGUAAACAAUUUCAGGAAUAAAGCCCCUCCAGUCAAUCAUUUUACUAGUAGGGUAAUAUGUGAGUACAACACAGAAAAUCCUAAUUGUACUUCCGUUUUUUUUCAUUGAAAUUUGGAAAGAAGUUCACUUUGUGGAUUAGUGAUUAAACUUAUGUAUAUGAAGGAUUGCAGAGAGUAUUACUAGAACUUAAAUAUCUAGACAUUCUUUGUAGAUUUUGUUUUGUACUAUAUUUCAAGUGCUAGCCAAUAGUAAAAAGAUAUUGCUUCCAGUAAAUAACAUUGGACCCAUCCGAUAUACUUGGUCAGUUAAUAUAUUGAAGAUCAUUUUUUAAAAUAAAUCCCUGGAAGGGAUUACUUUUAAAACAUUGUUUUUUAUUGUAUUUUUAACUUUGUAACAAAUUUUAAAAAUCUCUAUAUAUGUAAUGUGAAUUAUCAAUGUAAAAAAGACUCAAUUAUAGAUUUAAUUUGAAUGAAACAGAUGAAAUGGUAUACAAUUGCUGUAAAUGUAUGAUUGCUGUGGGCUGCAUUUAGCAAUUAUUAAUAAUUGUAUAGUUUUACAAAACAGAUGUUUUCUUUGGAAUUUUACAGAAUCCUCUUAACCUGAAUGAAAACUAUGCCCUGUGGUUUAAUAGAACUGUGAAAAUUUGUGGAUCAUUCUUAAACAAUAACAUAUGUAUCAGCAGUUUUACUUUGUAACUAGGGAGGACACCAAGAAAAACUAUGAGUUGCAAGGUCCCUUUGAGGUGGAGGCUAACUCAAAUCAUCCUAGGCAUGGUCAUUUUGCUUGUUGCUUUUUGACUGCCUUGGCCCUGGAGUGACAUUUGUUGAAUUGUUUAACCACACAUAUUCCAAUCCUUACAAGUCAUCAUGAUUCUCCACUAACCAAAUGAUCUGCAAUUGUCGUUUCUAAUCUUAUAUAUAUUCCUACACUUCUUAGAAGCAAAACAAAAUUUCCCAGAAUCUCCAGAACUGUUAAGCCGGGAGACAAGAGUUUGGUGUGAACAUAAACAUGAGAUUUCCUUUACGUACAAUUUUAAUGCCACAUUGUAAAUGCAUUCUUUAGAGUUUUGCUGUAAUAGGUGCAAGGUCAAAGUCUUCCACCAUAACCUAUAAUAUUAUGAAAAUGAAGCAAAAUCCUUUUGAACCCUUCCACUGCACGUAACAGUAGGCCCGUAUUUAAGACUUCAGUUUUUUUGAGAGACGUAAUUUGUUUCAUCCGACUCGUCAAGUUCAAUGGCGAAAACUAUGACUCCAGGGGAGCCCAGUAUCUCAAUGCACACCAAAGUUUGAAUACAAAUCACACUCUCCAUGCUCUUUCUGUCCCCCCAACUCUGACAUCAUGCAUUUUGUCACCGGCCUAUGCUGCAAUGAACUUCACCACCACCCCAGCCCUCUCCACCUUCUCUAACCCCAUUCUUUCCCUCUCCAUUGGAAACUCAUGGCCAAUUCCUAAGUCCCAGUCACCCUCUUCCUUUCACCUCUGAUUUCUGCUUAAAGAACCUGCAUACGGAUGAACUUUUAAAUCUAACUUCCUCCUACUGUUUUCUUCUUCAUCUGAGUAAUCAUUUCCUCAUACAUCAAUGGCAUACAUUUGUAUGAUUUCCUGUACAAGAUACACUAUAUGAAUUCAAAUUGUUGAGAAUUCUCUUAGGUGAAAGAUAAUAAAAUCAUUUUCUAUAUUCAUUCAAUUAUUUUAAAGCAUCCUUCUACUUGGUUGCCCUAUUCAGGUUGUCUACAGUUACUUUGAUAUAAAUUAAACAUAAAUGACUACAUUUCCAUUUGAAAUAUUUACUAUUUUGGUUUCAUAGUAAAGAUUUGAAGCUAUUUGUGUGAACAAAUCUCUGGAUUGUUCUUUUAGUGCACAGUGUAACCAUUAUAAUGAGACCAUAUUCCAAUUUGGAAGCCAUAGUAAGAACAAAAAAGUCAGUUCCUUAGAUUUGAUUAUAUGUUGUCAAUUGCACUGUAUAUACCCCUCAGUUAUCAAGUCAGCUCCUAACCUCUGCAUUAUGAGAAAAUUCAACCCCUUCAUCUGAGGUACUGUCGUAAUUAUUAUCUGUUGUUUACUCAUUCACAUUAAGGACGUCGGCAUAUAGAAGUAGACCUUUCAAACCUGUUCCACCAUUCAAAAGCAUAGUUUCAUCAUCUACCAUAAUGCUAUAUUCCUGAACAAUUAUAGAAAAUAGAAACGGGUGUAAAUCACUUGGCUCUUCGAAUCUGCUCCACCAUUCAAUAAUAUCAUGGUUAAUUUUUCAACUCAGUACCUGACUCUCAAAUUGUCCACAUGCCUUUUGAUGGUGUUAGUUGUAAGAACUAUACCUAAUUCUUGAAAGCAAUCAAUGUUUUGAUCUCAACCACUUUCUGUGGCAGAAAAUUCCUUAGGCUCAUCAUUCUAUGGGUGAUGACAUUUCUCUUCAUCUGAGUCCUAAACAACCUACCUCUUAUCCUUAUUCUGUCACCCCUGUUUCUGGACUCCCCAGUCAUUGGAAAGAUCAAUCCUGAACUCAUUCUGUCUAAUCCUGUUAGAAUUUUAUAGGUUUAUGCAAGAUCCCCCCCUUAUUCUAAAUGCCAGUGAGAAAAGCCCUUAUCGAUCCAGUUAUUCUUCAUAGUUCAGCUCUAUAAGCCCAUCCAUCAACCUGGUAAAUCUUCAAGCUGUCUCCAUAAGCAAAACAUCUUCCCUCAGGUUAGCAGCCAAAAACUGCACACAGUAGGUUAGAGAUAAUGGGAACUGCAGAUGCUGGAGAUUCCAAGAUAAUAAAAUGUG